CAGUGUGCAGUAAGUUGGAGCGGAAAUGUCUCACAUUAAAGAAUACAUCGAUAAAGUGACGCGUUAUUAUGAGCGCUACACGGAGUAUGUGAGGAGGAACCCAGCUGCGACAGCACAGCUGGAGAGCACCGUGCGGACACUGUCCUACCUGAUCGCAGGUCGGUUUGCAGAUUCCCAUGAAAUAUCUGAACUAGUGUACUCUGCCUCAAACCUCCUGGUGCUCUUCAAUGACAGCAUUCUGCGCAAAGGGCUGAAAUGUGCCUUCACUGUGUCUCUCUCUCAGCAGAGACUCCUGACGUGGCUCUCCGUGUUGGAGUAUGUGGAGGUGUUUCUGGAGAUGGGAGCCUGCAAGCUGUGGGGCGAUGUCGGCCGCUGGCUGGUGAUCGGACUCAUUCAGAUCAUCAAGACAAUUUUUCGCCUUGUUCUUCUUCUUCGGUACAAAUCUGGCAUCCAGACUUCACCUCCCAUAAUCCCCCUCGACAGAGGAGCAGAUUUUGCUGGUGAAGAUGACGGUACCGGGGAGCAGCAGGACGACUCCUGCUUUGUGGGCCAGAGGUCUGGACGGGUCAUCAGGCCGAUGGGCACCACUCCCUCCCUGCAGAAUCGUCUGUGGGGAGCACCGAGUCAGAAGAAGCGCAGAAGCGGAUUAAACGGGGAGAAGCUGCACAGCAGACCGACACACCUGAACCUCCAGCAGACCCUCGCUGAGUCUGUGUACAUCGGACGGCCGCUCGUACACUUACUCUGCCUCGCGCUCUGUGGGAAACAGUCCUGGAAGCCGUGGCUCGUCUCCGGAGCCCUCGACCUGUCCAGCUUUGCUGUCCUCAGUGAAAGAAAAUUUCAGAACAGCUGGGAGAGGUCUGAGAUGAAGAGGAGAACCUUCCUCCUGCUGUACUACCUUCUCCGUUCGCCUUUCUAUGACAAAUACUCAGAACAAAAGAUUCUGUUCCUGCUCAGACUUCUGGCUGAUCAUAUUCCAGGGAUCGGCCUUGUGGCUCGCCCUCUGAUGGAUUACCUCCCCACCUGGCAGAAGAUCUACUUCUACAACUGGGGAUAAGACCUGCGUGAUGCACUCUGAUAUUCAACUCGACGGGGCGAUGAGAGAGGAACUGUCAGGCCCAGAGACAGAGACACUGACUCGCCAUAAUUCCCCCAAAUACCUGAUAGAAUGACGUGGUAAUGAUUACCACUUCUGACCAUCAGCGAGGACCUUCUAAUGAACAAAAUGUGUUUAGAUUUAAAGAAGGUGAAUUAAUGUAUAAAACCAACAUGAUUAUGACUUUAAUUUCAGUAACCAGGAAACAGAUUCUUCUCUUUUGCUUCAGGUAUUAUUACCAAUCACCAGUUUGACUGAUGGUGAAGACAAAACCUGCCUCACAUGUCUGAGGCCUGUUGGAGAGCUUCAUUCUUUGAGUUCAUGAUAAUUAUAUUAACAGUUUGUGUGAUAAACAGCAGGAUGUGUGCGAGCAAUACCAUCUUAUCUGGAGCACAUGCAGUGAUGUUAGUUCACUGCAGGGCAGAAACAUUUCCAGAGCAGCACAGGACUGUGAAGCACAUGAAGGUCGAGCUAAACAAAAGUCUCUUACUCCUCACGCCCACCAGCAGGCGCUGAACGUCCAUCUGAGCUACUGUAAGAUGGUAAAUGCUGAGUGUGUGUGUGUGUGUGUGAUGGAGACAAGGAGCAGAACAACACUGAGGUUUUCAAUCUUUAAUAACAUACUGAAUAAGUUUCUUUUUGUAGCCUACAAAUAAAUAGUUGACUGUUUCA